UGGGGAAAUGUUGGUACAACUGGUCCGGAGGGUGCGAAAGGAGAAGAAGGAGCCAGUGGAAGCGAAGGCACCGUGGGUGUUCCAGGUCAGCGUGGCUCGCGAGGACCCGAGGGAGAACCUGGUGCUACGGGAGAUCCGGGAGAAUUCGGUAACAAUGGAAACGUUGGAUCAAGAGGACAAAAGGGAGAUCCGGGAGAUACAGGUGACCCUGGCCCAGACGGAACCUUGGGACCAAAGGGUCAAAAAGGUGACAUUGGUCCGCGAGGAGACAAUGGUUUAGAAGGCGCUGUGGGUGCUGAUGGGCCACGUGGUCGGGUCGGUGAAAGAGGAAACGAAGGUUUUGAGGGUCCAACAGGGGCGUCUGGAUCCAGAGGAUCAAAGGGAGAUCGAGGUCUUCAGGGCGAAGACGGUCGAGGGGGUCCCUCAGGUGAAAGAGGACCUCCUGGUUCGCCGGCCGUUCUUCCUACUGAGUUUGCAGGACAGUUUUCAUUCCCAGGAUACCAACAAGACUACAGCGAUCCUGCCCUUCUCGAAACAGAAAAAUCUGGAUCAAGGAGGUUGUACCGGAGCGGCGGACAGGACACGGAAACCGAAACCAAAUCUCAGAUUGACCUUUACGACGUGAUCAGUUAUCGUCUAGAUAUGUAUAAGAAUCCCAACGGCUCCCAAUCAUUCCCCGCAAGGACCUGUCGAGACCUGCACAUGAGCUAUCCUGAACUCAAAAGCGGACUCUAUUGGAUUGAUCCUAAUGGUGGAAUAACAAACGAUGCCAUCAAAGUUUAUUGUGAAUUCCAAACUAAUGGAUCGUGCCUGUAUCCAGGACAAGAAAACCAGCCGUUUGUGACUGACAAGAAGAAGUGGUUCACCGGAAGCGAUGGAUACAAAUGGCUGGGAAAAGAACUGCUCGGACUCGACAAACUCGAAUACGUGUCGGAGCAAAGUCAGCUGGAGUUUCUUCAGCUGUUGAGUGAUCGUGCCCGCCAGCGGAUUACGUAUCACUGCAAGAAUUCCGUAGCGUGGCCUAAGAAGAGUUCGGAUGAAGGAAUGAAGUCCAUCAAGAUGUUAACUGUUAAUGGGCUGGAACUGCACGCUAGAUCCUCUAACAAAUUCAAACCGACACUUGUGGGGGAUGAUUGUACGGUGAAAGAUGGAUCCUGGCAUCGCACCACCUUGGAAGUGGACACACCCAAACCUCACCGUCUCCCCGUUCUUGAUGUAGCUGUUUAUGAUAUUGGAGAUAGUGGAGAGGAAUUCGGUCUUGAAUUCGGACGCGUGUGCUUCUCUUGAUUAACAAAAACGCAUGUCAAACUGUACAUUGUAGUUAAAAAGGUGCAGUAAUUAAAACUUGAGACUAUAGUUGUAAGUUAUUGAGUUCAAACGAGAGAAGCAAUCAUAACUUCCAAGCAAGGUAGUUGAAAUAAAACCUGUUUUUAUCCUUUAUGUUAAGCACGUUUCAUAUGGACUCAUGAGGAAUAAUAUCCUUUUUAAAGAUCAAGUUGCCAAAUGAACGAUGAUCACCACAAGAAAUGAUACUUUGAAUUAAUUUACUUCAUUAAAGCGUAAACGGGCCUAAAAACAAUUCCCUUCAAAUGUUCACUAGUCAGUCAAAGAUAGAUAUAUAAAUUGGAUUUUAGAAUUGCUUUGUGAAUAUAAGGUGCGGACUACUUCAGUCGUCCGUAACUAGAACCGAUCCGCCUUCUAUAUGACCGUUUAUAAUCUACAUCGAGUCUUAUUGAUGAGAUGUUUCCGCUGGUUUGUGGUAUUUUCAUCAAUUCGAAUAGAAAGCGUUUGUGUUUCCAUCAA